UCGAGGCGUCUUCCUAGUCUGGUUGCUAGCUAAUGUGCUAGCUUGCUGUCUGUCUUGUUUUUAUGCAUAACCUUGCACUUAGUCAACAUAUAAAUAAAGAUACAUAUAUUUAAAGGUUUAAUAUUAAUUCAUAUUUCGAAGUAGACUGCGAUGUGAAAAAGCCAGCGUUUACAACUUCACAUGAGUUCCGGGAAGAUAAAGGACAUGGGGGACAUCUUGGCCAAUGAAGCUGAUCUUCUUGGGAUGAUCAAGGAGUAUUUGAAGUAUGGUGAAUUUGAAGAGACAGUUCAUCACUUUGAGAAGGAGUGUAAAAACAAGGGGAAAGUUGUUCCAAAGCCCAGAGGCAACAAUCUUCGGGACACGAAAACGCUGAUUAUCCAGAAGGACCUGUUGAGCUCAUUUGAUGACGGCGACUUCAAGGUGUUCUUCGAGCUGUGGACAGAGUUUGUCCCUUUGGAGGUCAGGGACUGUGAUCCUCACGCCCAGAAACUGGAGUUUUACCUUCAUGUCCACUUCACCAUCUUCCCUUUGAAAAUCCACUUGGGCAGACAUGACCGAGCAGACUUUGAGGUGAGGAUCACCCACUUCAAGCACUACCUGGAGACACGAGGGGCAGCACUCAGUCAGACCACUGAGUUCCUACCCUACUACGCCCUCCCCUUCGUGCCCAACCCUGUGGUGCACCCUUCCUUCAGAGAUCUCUUCCAGGAUUCCUGGAUUCCAGAGAUGAAGCAAGAGCUGGAGAAGUUCCUGACUGUGACACUGAAUGUGUCCGACACUCCAAGGCUUCUGUCGUUAUAUAAGGAUGGCGGAAGGAAAACCAAAGACACCAUACAGCAGCUGCAGCAGCAGCUGGCCGAAGCAGAGAAGAGGACCAGCAGCUACAUGAGGAGGUUCAAUAAGAUGCAGGCCGAUCACCACAACCUGAUAGGAGUCACUGCCGAGCUGGUGGACUCUCUGGAGGCUACAGUCAGUGGGAAAAUGAUCUCCCCAGAAUACCUCCAGAGUGUGUGUGUGCGUCUCUUCAGUAGCCAGCUGAGGCAGAGUGCGGCGCAGAGCAUCGACUUCACCAGGCCUGGCACUGGAUAUUACUCUAUGAGUCCUUAUGAUGACGGAUAUGCUUCCUCAUUGCUACGAGCGUCUAUUGUACCUCAGAGGCCUAAGGAGGUGCCGCUGCUGCCCUCUCUGGACUAUGACAAGCUGAAGAGAGACUUGCUGGGGGGAUCAGACAGACUCAAGGCCCUGCUGCUCCAGGCCCUGUGCUGGAGAUUGACCCGUUCUCUCCAAGGUGAGCAGAGGGACACGGUACUGCAGGCCUACGUCAGCAACGACCUCCUGGAUUGCCACAGCACCAGACAGAAACCUGUGUUCCUUUUGAUGAGGUCGAAGAACGAGACGGUCAGGCAGUACAUGGCUCGUCUCAUCAAUGCUUUCGCUUCCCUCGCAGCGGGUCGUGUGUACCUGUCCCAGGUCCCGUCUUUGUUGAGGCUGCUCAUUGAGUCUCUAAGGACAGAGGAGAAGGACUCUGUGAGCAGAGAGAAUGUCCUGGGAGCCCUGCAGAAACUCAGCCUCAGGAGGAGCCAGCAGUCAGCCAUGAUAGAGGAUGGUCUCAUUGACUGGCUGGUAGAUGAGCUGCAGGACUCUGACUGUCUGUCUGACUACACUCUGGAGUACGCUGUGGCCCUGCUCAUGAACCUAUGUCUACGCACCAGAGGUAAGAGGAAGUGUGCUGAGAACCCUAAAUACGUGCUGAAGGUUCUGACUGACCUUCUGGGACACGAGAACCACGAGAUUCGGCCGUACGUGAACGGAACCCUUUAUAGCAUCCUGUGUAUUCAUGCAGUGCGAGAGGAAGCCAAGGAGAUGAGUAUGGAGGAGAUUCUUCACUGCUACAGUAAAGAGGAGAACCCGGAGCUCAACAGGCAGAUUGAGUUUAUUAUCAAACAGCUCAACUCAGGGGAGGUGACUGAAGAGGGACCAGAGUCUGAUGACGAAGAGGAGGAUGACGAUGAUGAGGAAGACGCGAUAGAGACGGACCUUGAUAAAGAUGAAGUGCUUCAGCUGCAGCCCAGAGAGUUGUCCGGAGAGACACUACUGACCACAGAGUACCUGGGGAUCAUGACCAACAUGGCGACGAGGGUGAAGAGGAGAUCAGCAGCUCCUCUUGGACGGAGUGUCGAUGAACCCCUGCAGCGACCCGUGACCCCCAUCUCCCACCGAAACACACACAUCAUGGACUUCCGAGGCGGCAGCGAGGGCGACAGGGAGGUAGGGUACCCCUUGAGCAGACAGAGGAGCGAGGACAGCCUGCCCCCGUCCCGCUACAGCUCCCGCCCCCCCACCCGCUCCGGCAGCCGGCCCAGCACCAGCGAAUCCCUGCACCACUCCAUGGACUCAGAGUGUGGCCGUUCGUCCCAGGAGUCUGGUGGGUCAUAUGAAGGACGAAGAGCCCAGGAGGGGGAGGAGCGCAACGGACACUCUGCCAGCAUUGAUAAUGUCCCCGGGUUUACAAGUCGGCCCAAGAUUCCCCGCACGCCGGAGAGUGAUGCACCAGGCAUGGAUCCUCGGAGGGGUCGCGUUGUCCCGCCACUGGCCCCCCAGUUCUCCCAGUCUGAGCCUCAGCAGAGCAGCAGCCGACCUGGAUCAGGGGCCUCCGUCACAGUGGGAGGGCCAGGCAGACAGAGCAACCAGUCGGAAGACAGGAAGUGAAAAGGACCUUUCACCACGGGGCCGCCAUAUCUCCUGAGGAGCCUCCAGCUUCCUGUAACUCCAUCCGCAGGUUGUGAUCAGGGUCAGGGCAUUAGAGAGGCUAGAGGUCGGUGGAGAGGUGGAGGAAGAGAGAGAGGGGUAGGAAGGAGGGAGAGGUGGAGGAAGGGGGUCGAGAAGGAGGGAGAGGUGGAGGGAGAGCGAAGGCAUAGGAAACAAUGUGCAGGAUUGUAGCUCAGGGAGGGGCCCCUUUCAAACCUCGGUAUAGAACACUUCGGUAACACAACACUGCUCUCAAAAUAAGCACAACAACAAAUAAGCUUGCAAGUCGCUUGAUACGCCCUACCUACCUAACCAGCUGGCCAAGGCUUUCUUCUCUUUACCUUUCUCUCUAUUUUAACUCUCUCUCCUGGAGCAUAAGCACCAAAGUACUCACUCUCCCAUGUCAUCUUAAACACAUUGGACAUUACAUAACCAGCUACUGGACAAAAUUCAUUCAUUCCAAUUCUAUGGUACCGUGAACAUUACCAGCUAUAAUGUAGUAGCACUAUUGCUAACCAAAGGCUGUGUCUCAUCAAAGAUGGUUGAAAGGGUUGAUAGAGGGUUCCUUCCACCAAGUUGCUUUUCCACUUGACUGUUAGGAAUUUUAAAUGAGUGACCCAUUGAGGAAGGAGGAAAUGAAAGUAUUUAUGACUCACACUAUGGUUAAUGGAGAGAGGGCUCCUUUACAAGCAUCUAUUUAUGACUCACACCGUGGUUGUUACAUCGUAAAAAACAAAUGAAAUGUAAUCAGUGUCUUAUCCCUCUGUUUCCGGUGACGAGGUGGUCGUAGUACAGGGUGUAUAACAGGUGAAAUGAAGCUGGACUUUCCUGCCACCUUUCCUUUUUCAGUUUAAAAGGUUUUGGUUUUAGCUUUUGGUUUUGACUCGGCCUCUUCCUAAUCCAUAUGGAAUGUAUCCAGUGGCUCAAUGACUGAUUCUUCCCUCCUGCUUUCCAUCUGAACUUUAAUGCUCUCCAGUUACCGCUCUCCUUUUAAGCCUAUACUUAAAUGCUUAACUAAUACUUUCAUAGGAACUACAUGAAACAGCUGUAGACAGUAUUUUACAACCAACCAAUACACGUCACAUUAUGGACAAAUCUCUCUUUUGUCCAGGAAUUAAUUUUUCCUUUGUUCUAUACGGAUGCUUAUAAAGAAACGGGGAUUGAAUUACUUAUUUACUAAAGGCGUUUUUUUUUUGUCUGUGUGUUUAUCGAAAUCAAGUUGUUACGCUGGUCUGGAUCGUCUCUUGACUUGUAAAUAGUUUGUUGGUUGCUCAGCUCUUUGAAGGGAAAUGUCAACUAAGUGAAUAUCAGCUUUACUUUGAUUUGUUAUCGUAAUUCACUUUGAAUAGCUGCUUUCAUUGAACUUUUCAUUUUGUUAAAUUAUAGUGUUUACAAGAAAGACACAAGGAUGAGGUACUUCUGUCAGGCUGGUGUACAUUAGACUGUAGAUAAUCAUCUGUCAGGCUAGUGUACAUUAGACUGUAGACAAUCAUCUGUCAGGCUGGUGUACAUUAGACUGUAG